AGGUGGCGACCAGCGUACACCCAGUCCCCCACACCUAUCGAUUGAGCUAGGCUCAUGAGUAACAAAAUGUCACAAACAAUUCGAUUGUGGAGGUAAGGAGUUAAAACAAAUAUUGUUCAUAUCUGAAUUACCUUAUUAGGACCUCAGUAAGAAAUUCAGUGUUCAUGUCUUCGUGGUAGGUAGUUAACUACCAUUGGAAUGAAUUUCUAGUAAGGAGCAGUAAGUAUACUUACUGCAAGGGAGUGUGUCAAUGGCAUUGCUAGCACAACGGAAUAUGACAGCUGCUAGCCCAUACACCGAGCUGGAGGUGCUCAUGAGUCUCGAUCAAUUCAUCCUGUUUGUUGAGUGUUGUUUACUUACCUCUGACAAAUAAAUUGGUGCAGUUAUAUCUAUAUAAAUAUAUAUACUUGCAUGCUCAUUGGAUGUUGUAGUAUUAUGCAACACACUGACACACUACUCUGGUCGUGACGUAACGAGGGCCAUGGCUGUGCAACGAGGUGCACUGCUCCGGGUGCUUCUUGUGGCGGUGGCGGCGAUUGGCGCCGCCGCGGCGAAGGUCCCGGCGAUGUUCGUGUUUGGCGACUCGACGGCCGACGUGGGGAACAACGAUUACUUGCCGUGGACAAUCGCCAGGGCCAACUUCCCUCACAACGGCGUCGACUUUCCCGGCGGCAAGCCCACGGGCAGGUUCAGCAACGGCCUCAUCGGCGUAGACUUCCUGGCCUUCGAUAUGGGGUUCAGCAGGAGUCCACCACCUUACCUCUCUUUCAUGGCCAUUGCUGCCAACAACAUCAGCAGUGAAAUGAUGAAGAACAAGACAAUGGCAGCUUCAGCCUACAUGACCGGAGCUAACUUUGCUUCUGGAGGCUCUGGUGUUCUUGAUUCCACGGGAACUACAAUCAGCAUGACGAAGCAGAUAGAGUACUUCUCAGACCUUAAAGACCAGAUAUCAACCCGACUGGGCGCUGGCAGAGUGUCGGCCUUGCUGUCAAAAUCCAUCUUCCUCAUAAGUGCUGGUGGGAAUGACGCCUUCGACUUCUUCACGCAGAACAGAUCGCCCGACUCUACCACACUCCAGCAAUUCUCUGAUGCUGUGAUCUCGACAUAUGAUAGCCACGUCAAAACAUUGUAUAAUUCGGGAGCGAGGAAAUUUGCAGUGAUCAAUGUGCCACUUAUCGGGUGCUGCCCUUACUGUAGACGCCAGAAUCCAACCGGAGAAUGCAUUGAGCCGUUGAAUAAGUUGGCCAAGAGCCUGAAUGAUGGAAUCAAGGACCUGUUCAGCAACCUCAGCACGGAAAUGCAGGGCAUGAAGUACUCCAUUGCCAGCUCCUAUGAGCUUGUCUCCAGUCUAAUUGAAAACCCACAGGCUGCUGGAUUAGAGGAGGUGAAGAGUGCAUGCUGCGGUGGUGGCAGGUUAAAUGCCGAGGAAGGGUGCACCCCCAACUCCAGCUGCUGCAGUGACCGCAGCAAGUACCUCUUCUGGGACCUCCUGCACCCUACCCAGGCUACUUCCAAGUUUGCAGGCCUUGCCUUCUAUGACGGACCAGCACAGCUCGUCAGUCCCAUAACCUUCAAGCAGCUAGUUGAGGCAUAACUCUACAAGAUCAGAACAAGGAUUAGGCCAAGACAUCUUUGAGCACCUUAUAUAGACUUUGUAUUAUUCUACACUUAAACAGAUAUGCUCAAGCUGAACUACCUUGCUAUUCAUCUGAAAACUUACACAAGGGUGGAAAAAAUUGUCCAAGUUUUCUGAAAAGCGUAAAUGCAAAUGGUUGUUGGUUACUUGCA